AUGAAAAAACGUUUAUUGAUAGCAAUAUUUAUUCUUGUUGCAUGUCAAUUGUCUCUGAUGCUUACUCAUCAAUAUUUUGGAUAUCAACUUAAAAAAAGCGAUAUGUCUAAUUUAACUUCAUUAAUGAUACCAUUCGAACAAAUGACUCGAAAUUCAACAUUCUGCUGUUCGGACGUUACACUUCAAGAGCAAUAUAAGAUGGAAUUUCAACAACUUGAACAUUACCACUUAGGUCAAUUUUAUGAACAACCAACAAUACAUAAACAUUCAAAACAACAUAUCGCAUCAACAUUGCCAGAAUUACCUUAUUUCUAUUCAUUAUGGAAAACAUCACCUAUUCUUCCUCGUUUAAUAACACCAUGCGAGCACCAAGUAUAUGUCAAACUAAUGAAGACAUUCGAUGAAAUAUGUCAAGCAAAUGGAAUAGAAUACAUGAUUAGUUAUAGUACCUUGCUAGGAUCAUAUAGAAACCAUGAUAUACUACCAUAUGAUGACGAUGUCGAUGUAUUAAUACAUGUUAAAUAUUAUUCACUUCUAUCAAAAAUGAAUGCUUUAUAUAACAAAGCGGAUUGGAAAUUUUAUCUACGCACACCUACAUUUAUGAAGUUUUAUUUUCAAGCAUCUUCUUUCGCCGGUGUUUUUAGAUGGAAAUGGCCAUUUAUUGAUAUUUUUUUUUAUACGGAUAAUUCUACACAUAUUAAAUCAGAUAUCUAUAUCGAAAAAGAUAUCAUAUUUCCACUAUUAUUACGUCCAAUAGCUACUCUUUGGUUACCUGGACCGCGUAAUGCGCUUAGGUUUUUUAAAAAGAUAUCGGAAUAUUAUUAUUCAAAUUUAUCAUUUGAUGAUAAGUGUUAUUUACAAAAAUAUUCACAUCGAGAUGAAGAAGAAAAAUAUGAACAGAAAGUUGUGAAUUGUGCACAAUUACAUAAUGUUUAUCCAUAUAUUCAACGAAUAUGCGAUAAUGAUUAUUGCAAUGAAUAUUUUAUGUUAAAUGACAUAACAACAUUAUAUGUUCUGAAAAUGACUAAAGAUAAAUAA